AGGCGGCCUCUGCGCAUGCGCCUGCCUGCGGGCCUUCCCGCCAUCCCCCGCGCCCAACGGCCGCUGCGGUCGCGGGACGCCGCCAUGGCGGAGCAACCGGCGAAGGGCUGCGGGCCGGCUCCCGCUUUACCGCGGCCGUCUGGCGGGACGGAGGAAGAGGAGCGUUCCCCCGGCGGAGCCCGCCCGGCGGCUGAAGCUGUAGUGUCAGAUGCUGACCCUGGAGAGAAGAAAGCGAAUCCUGAACAAUUCCUAAAUCUACCUGAUGUAACUGCUGUUAACGAGAAGAACAUUAGUCCCAGUGAGACAGCAGGAUCGAGCAAAGGACCCCAAGGAGGUCCCAGUCUCAGGAAACACCCCCUCGGACCUAGUCCCAAAAGGCUGUCUCCCUGGAGAAGCAGUGCUAGGAAAGACCAUACAUCGCAUUCUUUUAACUUGUCCCCGAGACUGCUCAUCACCACUCCUCAAGCCAAGCGUCGCUCUUGGUGUCGUUCAAGCCUGAAGGGGACAAAACGCCGAAAAUCUCUGCCUCCUGUUCACCAAGAUGUCACUGAAUUAAGCAAAUCAAUUAGCCUGGACCUGCCAGAGGUAGACCGGCUUUCUAUGCUGUUGUUGUCCAGUUUCCAGUUUUCUGCACAGAAGCUCAAACAUGCCUUGAAGCAGACUGACAGCUUUAGCCCUGAGGCUUUCAAAGCUAACGUGCACUCGGUUUCCGAAGACCUGAAGCGAUACAUACAGAAGUUGAAACAAGACGGAACACUGAAGAGCUGCGUAGAAGACCCUAAAGGGAUUUUACUGGACCCGGCUUUGGAUGAGUCAGUGGCCCAAGUUAAGGAGUACAUCGCCAGGUUCGCUGCCGAAUGUCAGUCCUGGGAUGAGCUCUUACUGCGUCACCAGGAAAGUGCUGAAGAAAUAUCCAGGCAGCUGGAGGAACGCAAGAGGAGCCAAGGGCAGGCCGAGCCUUGCAGUUACCUCCAGACAUCUCAGGCCCAAGUCCUCGCCACCAAACCCAACUACCAGAAGAUCCUGGAUGAGCAGGGGGAGGUCUUGAGCUGCAUGGAGCUUGUGCUCGACGAACUACAGCAAGCGGUGAAGCUGCUGCAGGCCUUCACCGAAGACAGCCGGCAAUACCUCCGGCACCUCUCGGAGCAGCUCGCCGCAAGGACCUUCCAGCAGCUGGUGAACUCCCCUGUGCGCAAGCUGAUUGCCGCCCCGCCGCUGAGGAAGAUGCCGCCGCCGCCGGAGGGCUGAGCCGGGGGUUGGCGGGGGGGCUACGGGCCGCGCUGUCGGUGCUGCUGUCAAUAAAGGCGGGGGGAGCCCGGUUCCAGCCCGGUUCCCUCCCGGUUCCCCCGCGCUUC